AUGUCACCUGUAAAACGUUCACCGCAGAGAUCCAUCCGUGUGCCGGACGAGAACCCGAGAGACGACGCCGCGGACGACAAUAUGGACCGGGCCGGUCAACAGCAACAUCAACGAGUUCCCAAUGACGAUGACGAAGUAACGGUCAAUGCGGCACGCGCCGUGAAACUUCCACCUUUUUGGAAGGAGAACCCGGUCCUCUGGUUCGCUCAAGCGGGAGCAGCAUUCCACAUCGCCCGUGUCACCAGUGACUCCACGAAGUUUCGGCAUCUCGUGGUCCAUCUGGAUCAAGACAUCUUACCAUUCAUAUCGGAUAUCCUCGUGGCACCGCCGGAGGAGGGUAAGUUCGAGGCCCUCAAGGCACGUAUCAUCAGCGCCUUCGACGAGUCGAGUGAGACUAAGCUGCGGAAAUUGCUUCGGAGCAGCCAGCCUACCGAUGCAAGACCUAGUAACAUUCUGCAGAGACUACGCAAUAUAGCCAAUGGCCAGUGCACAGAUAAUAUCCCGCGGACUUUAUUCAUGGAGCAACUCCCCGACUACAUAAGGAGCAUAUUGGCCAUAAGCGAAGUGACAGACUUAACAAAGCUAGCUUUGCAGGCAGAUAAAAUUCUGGAGGUGUCCAAGGCCGACGUCGCCGCUGUUACGUUGACACCUGCCAGGGAGACGUGCCAUACUAUCGCGGACGCCGAGCUGGCUGAGCUACGGGACAUGGUGAAAAAUCUGUCGCUGGAGUUGAGCAAAUUACGYMYUCGGCGCGACCGAAGCCGCAGUCGUAGCCGCAACCGCGGUAGCAGSGUCAAAGUGGACAACGGCCUAUGCUAUUACCAYUCGCGAUUYCAAGCGCAGGCCAGGAAAUGCCGGCAGCCGUGCACCUGGGUUCAGAAUCGCGAUUCCGUAGACGUCCGUCGCCCCAACAGCAGUUUYAACGUCGACCGUAGCAAUGGCAAUGCGGGAAACUAA